AUGGCACAGUCCGACACACUCCCCGACGCCGAGAGCCCCUCGGCCCCCUCGUCGGUUAAUGGUGACAAGAAGAAGAGGAGCAGCAGCAAAAUGGGCCGCGACAAGGACAGGAGUGCCUCCAAGAAGAGGGGCAAUACCAGCGACCCCAACAUGCUCGCCGUGAGCAUGCCCACCGCCAAUGGCGGCAAUGCACACGCCGAGCGCCGGUCAAGCGUCAGCAAACCUGCGCGCGACUUCCGCGACAUGCCCGAGCCGUCGCCCAAGAAGAAGAGAAAGAGGAAGACGGCCACGGCCCCCACCACCGCCGUAAUCCCCGUCGUGACCGCCCCGACACCCACCACGCCCGACAUUGAGUCCUCCACCCGAUCGCCCAGCCCCGUCAUCGACUUUGACGGCCUCAGCCGGCCCAGCCGCGGAACACGGGAGCGCCUCGAAGAGAGCGAUGCGCAGAAGGAGGAGCGCCUGGCGCGCAUGAAGGGCGCCGUCCGCACUCUGCUCGAGUGUGUCGGCGAGGACCCCGACCGCGAGGGCCUGCUUGCGACACCCGAGCGCUAUGCCAAGGCCAUGCUCUUCCUCACCAAAGGCUACCAGGAGAACGUGCGCGACAUUGUCAACGGGGCGAUUUUCCAAGAGGGCCACAACGAAAUGGUCAUUGUGAAGGACAUUGAGGUCUUUAGCAUGUGCGAGCACCACCUGGUGCCAUUCACGGGCAAGAUGCACAUCGGCUACAUCCCGGCCAACGCGGUGAUCGGCAUCUCCAAGCUGCCGCGCAUCGCCGAGCUGUUCGCGCGGCGCCUGCAAAUCCAGGAGCGCCUGACUAAGGACGUGGCCAACGCCAUCAUGGACGUGCUGCAGCCGCAGGGCGUCGCCGUCGUCAUGGAGUCGAGCCACCUGUGCAUGGUCAUGCGCGGCGUCGAGAAGACGAGCAGCAGCACCAUCACCAGCUGCGUGCUUGGCUGCUUCGAGCGCAAGGAGAAGACCCGGAACGAGUUCCUGAGCCUGAUUGGCGUCAACCGCCGGUGA